AUGAUGAAAGAGACUGAUUGUCCAACAUGCAAAUUUCCAAGUAUCCAAACUCGAGAUCGUCUCAAUGAAGUCUGCCAAUUCAUCGUUCCUCGCCAAUCCAACACCAUGAUUGUCCCAAAUUACGGACAAGUUCCAGUUCUCAAAGGAGAUCUCUCUUGGUUGUCUCCAGAAGUUUAUAUUUUUCUGAAUGAAUGCGUUCAACUCAUGACUCCAUCUGCAAUUCGUAUUUGUAAUGGAAGUGUUUUCGAAGCACAAGAACUUCGUGAUGCCAUUGCCAACGAAUUUGGGAGUGAAGAGUUGAAAACAUUGGAUCGUCUUCAUAUGAAAAUCUCCGAUGUUGGAUUUGAUGAUGUCCACGUCGUCACAAAAGAUCGAAUGGAUGCUGAUCCCGGGAAUCCAGUCAACCCAAGUCCAGGCGCAUUGUCGAAUUCCAGUUCAGGCGAAAAUUCUGAAAAUGUCCGUUUGAGUUCUCAUUAUAUGACAACGAAACUUUUCGAUUUUUCAAAAGAGAAAAGAUUUAACGGAUGCAUGAAUGGAAGAACUAUGUAUCUGGUGCCUUUCUCGAUGGGAUGGAUUGGAAGUCGUCAUGCGGUUGUAGGGGUUCAGAUCACUGAUGAUCCAGUAUUGGUUCUGAAUUUGAGAACCACUUUUAGAGUGUUGUCAAGUGUAUGGGAUUGCAUUGCUGCUACCACCAACUUCUUGAGAAGCGUCCACUCAAUUGGAAUGCCCCGACCAAUAAUUCGUCGUAUCGUAACCCCUCCCCCAACUGAGACUCCAAUCGGAAGUUUUAUUGUUCUGAAACAUGAUGAUCAACAGAUUUGGUCUCAUGGAUAUACAUUCGGAAGAACUCCAAGAUUUGGAAAAACUUUCUCAAUUCAUGCUGCUUCAUGGCUUGGAACAAAGAAAGGAUGGCUAGCGGAGAACGCUUCGAUUUUGGCUAUCACCAACUCGAAAAACGAGACAAUCAAUGUGUGCUACAGUGGCCUAAUGAGUGUUACAAGCCUUCAAUUGCCAGCUGGACAGUCUGCGGGAUGGAAGGUUGAAGUACUCAGCGAGAAAACCGUAUGGAUCCAUUGGCACAAUGGAAAAAUGUAUGCAUUGUGUCCAGAAAAUGAUGAAAUGGACGACAUGGGCUCUCCGAAAAAUCUCUCGAACUUGCUCACUGGAGCCACUUCCGACUAUCAAAUCCAAAGUUUCAAUCCGCAAAAAACCAAGUGGUCAACAGAUGUUGGUGUUCCGAUCUCUGCCUACAUAUUUGCAAAUCGUCGUCAUGAUCAAUAUCCACUGAUUCUUGAGGCUAAUUCAUGGGAAGAAGGCGUCUGUUUGGCAGCUGGAAUGCGUGUCAGUGUUCCGAAAACAAAAACUGAUUCAUCGGAAAAUACGACUGACUCGAACAAACGUUACAAUCUGAUUGAAUGCCCAAUGCUCCGUGCCGAUCCAAUCAAUUUUAGUUUUGCAAAAUAUGUUAAUCAUUGGUUGGAGAUGGGAAUCGGAGUCAAAUCUCCGUCUGACAGUUCGGAUACUUACGAAGCACCACUACCGCCACCGAUAUUCUUUACUAAUUUAUAUCAGGAGACGGAUGGAAAAGUGAUUUGGCCAGGAGGUGUGGAUAACAUGAAGAUAUUUGAAUACAUCUACGGAAGAUGCACAAACCCAAUGGAAACUUCGAAUACAACUCCAUCAGGAAUUGGAAAAGUUCCGAAAUCUCUAGAGCUCAGUGCACUGGUUAAUCUGCCACCGCUUCUACAAGUCGACAUUCGAUUCUGGCUAACUGAACUCAUGAAAUUUCGCACUUUUUUCAAUAUUCAAAUGGAGUGUUGUCUUCCACCACAACUAGACAAAGUGCUCACUGAUUUGGCCGGCAAUAUUUGA